AUGAGCAAUCAAGAUACCAACCAAGAAGCGUGGCAGUAUCAUCAGGAGGUCGACGAGGAAACACCUUUGAUCCAUUCUCCCACCAUUGAGCCAUAUUCCGUCUUUACGCCAACACAGAAACGCUUUAUUAUUCUGACAGCGGCACUGGCUUCGAGCUUUUCGCCUCUAUCUGCUAAUAUCUACUACCCGGCGUUGAAUUCCAUCGCGGAGGACUUACUAGUCAGUCCAUCUCAAAUCAAUCUGACGAUCACGACAUAUAUGGGCCUCGCUCCACUGAUGACAGGAUCUUUGGCAGACCAGGCUGGUCGUCGACCUGCGUACAUUCUUUGUUUCGUGAUUUACAUAUUUGGGAGCGUUGCUCUGGCUCUACAACACAGCUUUCUGGCACUCCUAGCUCUUCGUGCCGUCCAGAGCUGCGGGAGUAGCGGGACAGUGGCCCUUGCAUCCGCAGUCGCCGCCGACAUCAUCACAUCUGCUGAGCGAGGUAUGUACAUGGGCUUUACUUCGCUAGGAAACAUUCUUGCUCCAUCCAUCGGGCCGAUCCUUGGCGGUAUUUUGAGCAAGUACCUAGGCUGGGAAGCGAUCUUCUGGUUCCUUGCCAUUGCAGCCUUAUUUUUUUUCGUCUUACUACUGCUGUUCUUCCCCGAAACGUGCCGUGGAGUUGUCGGUAAUGGCUCGAUUCCGGUCUUCGGAUGGAAUCGAGCCAUUUGCAGUUAUUUGCGGACAACCACCGCUGUUUCCCCCCCUGAGCCAAGUGUGCCGAGGAGGCGCGUGAAUCUCCCCAAUCCCUGCUCAACCCUGCAUCUGCUUUCCCACCGACCAGUGGGACUAGUGCUUUUGGCAAAUGGAGUGGUAUUCAGCAGCUACUACGCAGUUACAGCUGGAAUCCCCGCACUCUUCCACAAAGUCUAUGAUCUCAAUGAAUUAGAGAUUGGCCUAUGCUUCAUUCCUGCAGGGCUAGGGUCAUUGUUCAGCGCAACUGCCAAUGGAGUAUUAGCCGACUGGAACUACCGACGGACUCGACGUAACGCCGGUCAGACGGUACACAGGAACCAAAAGCAGGACAUCCUUGGAUUUCCCAUCGAACAAGCGAGGUUGCAGGUUGGCCUGCCAAUGACAGUUCGUUUCCCUGAGAUUUCCUUGUACAUGACCCCUUCUAUUAGUUGA